AUGGAGGCCAACAAUGACUACGAUUUCUCUCUCCCAAUGGCGUCGUUGCUUCGGGUUGGCACGUCCAAAGCUCAUGGAGCUGCAGAGCACAGUCAAGGCGGCGUCCGGCUCACAAGUGGUGAGCUGGACAAGCAAGAAUACGUGUAUUUCUUAAUGAUGCUGUGGCACGUCUACGCUGAACUCGAGCGGGGUCUAGAGGCGCACGCGUCAUACCCAACGCUACAACCGACAUAUAACCCUACGUUGCUUGCUCGCACUCCAAGUCUCUCCCAAGAUAUAUCAUAUUUGCUUGGGGUCCCUGAAGCAGAAUGGCAGACGCACCCAUCGCAUAGCUCUCUGAUGGCGUCACCUCCUAAGCCUUUUGUGGAAUAUACCACGCGCCUCCGGGAGCUUUCUGAGUCUUCAGAUCCUACAUGUUUACUCGCACACGCUUACGUCCGCUAUCUUGGUGAUAUGAGCGGUGGCCAAUUCAUACGACGACGUAUAGCCAAAGCAUACGAUCUAGACACAGAUCGAGGAGAUGGAAUACGAUUUUACGAUUUCAAGAAAUUGGACAGUAGUGAAUCUGCGAACAUGGGGGAUCUCAAGAAAAUCAAGGAGUGGUACAGAGAUGGAAUGAACGCUGGUAUUGGUGAUGAUUCCACAUUGAAAGGUUCACACAUUGUCUUUGAGUCUCUCCGUUUUCUGAAUUUGGAUCCACUAGCGGCUGUAUUGGAAGAGGCCAACAAGGCCUUCAAGCUGAAUGCUAGUAUCUUCGAUCUAUUGUCAGGGGAGGGGCAAGUCCAGGAACCACAGCAGUCGGCUGUCUCUGCGCCGAAACCGGCUAAGGCACUACUAUCUGGCCCAUUAUUAGUUUCCUUCAGUGGCCUCCUUUCAGUGGCAAUGACUGUGGGCCUGGCUCAUGUCAUCUACAUGGGCGCUAGCCACACCAGUGGCAAUUGUGUGCUCAGGGGAGCCGAGUAUUGGUUACGAAACAUUCUGUCGAUUGCAUAA